GUGAUUUCUGCUCCCCGCCUCAGUUUGUUGAGAUUUACCUUUACUUUGAGAUUUCAGACUAUUACCUCGUGUCUUCCUUUAGCUCGACUCACUGCUAACCUUCCUACCACGAUCUGGCCAACAGACGAAAACCCAGUUACAAUCUCCACCACGUUACGAAUCGCACAUUGCCUCCGCACCCAACAUGGCGGCGUACUCCUCUAAAACGGAAUUCCACGCGAAGGGUCUUGAGCUUCAUUCAUUCAUCGCCGAGCUCGACUGCGAUAUUUGCCACGAGCCGUUGGGGGUGCCAGCAGAAGAAGGUGCCCUGAAGUCAUCCACAAAUGCUACCGCGCUGUUCGGCAAUCAAAUCAGGAAGACAGCUCCUGGCUCGCAGGCCCAGACCUCGAAGUCUGGUGAGCGAACCGAGACCGCGGUAUCCGCCACUGCAGCGCCAUCCUCUGUCUCGAAUAGCGCCGCAAUCACAUACAAUACCCAUACCGCUGUCAAGAUCAAAGCAUGCGGUCACGUCUUCGGAGUCAGCUGUCUCCAGCGCUGGCUCUUCUCCCACCAAACCUGUCCAAUGUGCCGCAAGGUGCUAUUCCCCACUCCAUCCGUCGAGGAGACGCUUGAUGAUCUGGAGAUACGGUACCCAGAACCCGAUACCUUCUUUCCUGAGCUCGCUACUAGACUCCGGAAUUACUAUCGAAUGCUACAGCUCCCUGUCUUCCAGGCUUUCCUGCGGCUGACUGCGAUGAUGAUGAGGGAGACUUCGGUUGGGGAAGGGGAUCAGUGGGAAGACAUUGGUAGCGAGGUUGAGGAGGAUAGUAGAGAUGAGGUAGAGUCGGAUAGUGGGGAUGAAGGGGAGGUCAGUAGCGAUAAGGAAGAUGCUGAUUCUGAGAACGAAAACGAAGUGGACGAUGUCGCCCCGGACGAAACGUCACCUGAGCGCUCCCCCGCCUGAUUCGGAGAACAUCAUCGCGCGCACCCAUUGCACAGCUGGUGAUGGCACAACAGGAUUCGUCGUAACAACUCGGGGUGAGGAAGGGAGCAAGAUCCCGGAUCAAGAACGCACCGGUCGAUGCACUAAAUGCCAUGGCCGUGGUUCCAUGACUUAGCCUAAAGCAACUUCUUGGGAUAGUGCGUAAGGAAGACCUUGGAG